AUGGCAGUCCUCAGGUGGCGGCCUCGAAGUCCCUUGGCAAGAAACUUUCAGGUUGGGGCUGCGUUCCAGAAAGGAGGUGGUUCCACCUGGAUCCCAGGAGACCAGAGCGGCUACUGUGGGCACGCCCUCAGCAUACAGGGGAAGUCGUGUGUAGAAGCAGGAGUCAGCAUGCGGGGACAGAGACGUGGCUGCUUCCAUCUCUAUCACAAGUUGCCCACAAUAGUGCCUGAGAGCUGCCUCCUUAUAAUUGUUGGACUUCUACUAGGAGGGAUUAUUUUUGGUGUUGAUGAAAAGUCACCCCCUGCCAUGAAGACUGAUGUGUUUUUCCUGUAUCUCCUGCCACCCAUUGUGCUUGAUGCCGGCUAUUUCAUGCCCACUCGCCCGUUCUUUGAGAACAUUGGCACCAUUUUCUGGUAUGCUGUGGUAGGGACACUUUGGAAUUCCAUUGGCAUUGGGGUGUCUUUAUUUGGUAUCUGCCAGAUCGAAGCAUUUGGUCUCAGUGACAUCACCUUGCUCCAGAAUCUGCUCUUCGGCAGCUUAAUCUCCGCUGUGGAUCCCGUGGCUGUGCUGGCGGUCUUCGAGAACAUUCAUGUCAAUGAGCAGCUGUACAUCCUGGUCUUCGGAGAGUCCCUGCUGAAUGAUGCAGUGACAGUGGUCCUGUGCAACUUGUUCAAGUCCUUUUGCCAGAUGAAAACCAUUGAGACCAUCGACGUGUUUGCAGGAAUUGCUAACUUCUUUGUUGUGGGAAUCGGUGGGGUGUUGAUUGGCAUCUUCCUGGGAUUCAUAGCGGCAUUUACGACCCGCUUCACACACAAUAUCCGAGUGAUCGAGCCACUCUUUGUUUUCUUGUACAGUUAUUUGUCCUACAUAACGGCCGAAAUGUUUCACCUCUCAGGCAUCAUGGCAAUCACUGCUUGUGCAAUGACGAUGAACAAGUACGUGGAAGAAAACGUGUCCCAGAAAUCCUACACGACCAUCAAGUACUUCAUGAAGAUGCUGAGCAGUGUCAGCGAGACCCUGAUCUUCAUCUUCAUGGGCGUGUCCACUGUUGGGAAGAACCACGAGUGGAACUGGGCCUUUGUCUGCUUCACCCUGGCCUUCUGCCUCAUCUGGCGAGCGCUGGGCGUCUUUGUCCUGACGCAGGUCAUCAAUUGGUUCCGGACCAUCCCCCUGACCUUCAAGGAUCAGUUCAUCAUCGCCUAUGGAGGCCUGCGUGGUGCCAUCUGCUUCGCGCUGGUGUUCCUCCUUCCUGCCGCCGUGUUUCCUCGGAAGAAGCUCUUCAUCACGGCUGCCAUUGUGGUCAUCUUCUUCACUGUCUUCGUCCUGGGAAUAACUAUCCGACCACUGGUGGAGUUUCUUGAUGUUAAGAGAUCCAAUAAGAAAGAGCAAGCUGUCAGUGAAGAAAUCCAUUGUCGGUUUUUUGAUCAUGUGAAGACUGGGAUUGAAGAUGUUUGUGGACAUUGGGGUCACAACUUUUGGAGAGACAAGUUUAAGAAGUUUGAUGAUAAAUACCUGCGGAAGCUAUUGAUUCGGGAAAACCAGCCCAAGUCCAGCAUUGUGUCCUUAUAUAAAAAGCUUGAAAUAAAACAUGCCAUUGAGAUGGCAGAGACUGGCAUGAUAAGUGCUGUAUCUUCUUCUACAUCUCUAAAUGAGUGUCGUGAAGAAAAAAUAAGGAAGCUUACACCUGGUGAAAUGGAUGAAAUUCGAGAAAUAUUAUCACGGAAUCUCUAUCAAAUACGUCAGCGAACUUUGUCGUACAACAGACACAAUCUGACAGCCGACACCAGUGAGAGACAAGCCAAGGAGAUUCUGAUCCGCCGACGGCACAGCUUGCGAGAGAGCGUUAGGAAAGACAGCAGCUUGAAUCGAGAGCACAGGGGUUCUACAUCAAACUCCCGAUAUUUAUCCUUACCUAAAAAUACAAAGCUUCCAGAAAAGCUACAAAAGAAAAAGAAUAUUUCUAAUGCAGAUGGUAAUAGCAGUGACUCAGACGCAGAUGCCGGGACCACCGUACUCAAUUUGCAGCCCCGAUCCAGGCGCUUCUUGCCUGAACAGUUCUCCAGGAAAGCCCCCCAGGCCUAUAAAAUGGAGUGGAAGAACGAGGUAGAUGUUGAUUCCGACCGGGGGCAGCCCAGCACCCCCCCAGCACCUCGCAGCAAAGAGGGGGGCACCCAGACGCCAGGCGUACUACGACAGCCCCUUCUGUCCAAAGGCCAGUUUGGCCCAGGGAGGGAAGACAGUUUGACUGAAGGCGACCGACCCAAGCCGCCACCGAGGCUGGUCCGGAGGGCAUCAGAACCUGGAAACAGGAAAGCCCGAUCGGGGACUGAGAAGCCUUGAUGGAAACGGCCAAAACAGAGCUGGGUGGCUGACGUGGCACAGCCGUGGUGGUCACCCCGAAACCUGACACAGCCCUGGAAUUUGCUGAAAAUUCUCUGUGUAUCUGAAUACUUUCUUUGGGUGAUACAGUCCUGCCACUGAUUCAUGGGACGAAUUUUUAUCCCAAGAAGAAGAAAAUCAAAGAAAAAAGUCCCACCAAAUGUCUCUUGUGACUUGUUGGUAGCCAUUGUAUUAUUUUCAGGUCUGAAGAAAAAAAAAAAAUGUGUGCCUUUAUUGAACUUGAAUGAUAGAACUUGAAAUUUUUAACACACCCUUGGUGAAAAUUUUAAUAUAUUACAUAUAUGCCUCAAAUUUUAUUUAUGAAAAAAAAUGUACAUAUCUAUAAUCAGUUUUUAAGAGAAUGGCACUAAGUACCGAGCACAUCUUUCCAAGGGAUAAAGGGGUUCCUGGAGGAGGGGCAUAAGCUCAGGGCAGGGGGCCCUUCCCUGUCCUGAGCUGAUGACCAGUUGGUACAGGAAGAGUACAGCCCGAGACAGAGGCAGCUCAUGACUCACACUGGGAAAAGAGCGCCAGGUAGGUGCAGUGACCUGCCUCCCCGAAGGCAGAUACUGGAGGUCCCAGUACUCCUUUCUAUGAAAUGAGGGUCAGCUGGUUUUUAAUUUGUUUCUCUGUCUACUGUGCAUUUGGAGGUGACAUAUAAGUGCCAUCUCCCCUUCUCGUUUAAAUGGUGCAAAGAGAAAGUCUGCCUGGACAGUACCGGCUUAUGGUGUUUGAUAGACGUGGUGGCAGCGUUUGAAGUUCCUGACUUGGUGGGGUUUAUAUUGUGCAAUGCUGGGAGGAGGAGGCAGGUGAUUCCUUUCAUAUCCGUCUAUAACCACCUGCUUUAAGUAGAAUUUUUAUGUAGAACAUUCUUUGAACUUUGAGCCUCCAGGUCAGAGGCUCAGGGCAGACAAUGAUGAGAAUUUGUAUAAAUAUAUUCCAAUAUUUAACAAAUCAGAGAGAUUACAGGUUUUAAAUUUUAUUAAGGAAGCCCUUUGGAGAAUGUGGGAAUCCUAUUUUCUUUUUUUUGCACUACUCUGUAAUUUGUUACCUCUCCCCCUUUAAUUAUGUAGUAACUUAAAUUCUUCAUAUGAAAUUGGAUUCUACUCAUUGGAAUAGUUUUUCAAAGUAUAGCAGAAAGAAAAUAAUCAUUAAAAAUUAUUAUUUGAAUCUG